AUGGCGACAACAUUGACCGGUGGAAACCAACACGUUAUUAAACUGCCAAACACGCCCCUCAACGCACAACCCGAUCCACAAAUCAUCGCCCAUCAAUGGCUAUCAUGUCUCAGCGAACAGCUAGCUCAAGCUAACUUUGCAGGGAGCGACCUGUUCCACGAUGAGUCCUGGUGGCGCGAUAUGCUAGCAUUAGACUGGGACAUGCGCACUGUACGAACAGCCGGCGAGAUCCAAAACUUCCUGGCCAAGAAACAACGCACGGCAAAGCUUUCCAAAUUCCGGCUUCAGGAUACAGGAAAAUUCCAGCCUCGUCUGGAGCAGGUAGUUGAUGGCCUGAGCUGGAUCUCAUCCAUGUUCUUUUUUGAAAGUGCUGUUGGCACAGGAACUGGAAUGCUGCGUUUGAUACAGGCGGACAAUGGCUCGUGGAAGGCUUACGCUGUUUAUACAUCAUUACAAGAGCUGAGCUCCGCCCAGGAGCCUCUGGGCAAGCGCCGUGCGGAUGGAACGACGGAGUCAAUGCCCGGUGGUAUUGCUGGAGGAACCUGGAUUGAACGGAGAAAGAGACAGAAGGAGUUCUUGGAUGAGGAGCCAACUACAUUGGUCGUUGGGGCUGGCCAAGCUGGAUUGAACAUGGGCGCGCGGCUGCAAAGUGUCGGUCUGUCGUGCUUGAUCGUCGACAAGAAUGAACGGGUGGGUGAUAAUUGGCGCCAUCGGUACCGCACAUUGGUCACCCAUGACCCGGCCGAGUUUACCCACAUGGCCUAUCUGCCAUUUCCUCAAAAUUGGCCUCAGUUUACCCCGAAAGAUAAGUUAGGAGACUGGUUUGAAGCAUACGCCAGCAUUAUGGAGUUGAACAUCUGGAUGCAAACCUCUAUUGUUUCAGCAGAAUACAACGAAGCUGCUGGACAAUGGACGGUUAUUCUUUCUCGCGGUGAUGGAUCACAGCGUACUGUGCGCCCUCGUCAUGUCGUAUGGUGUACAGGACACUCGGGCGAGGCGCGAAUCCCUUCAUUCCCAGGUCAAGACUCCUUCCAGGGCAAGGUGUACCAUGGCAGCCAGCACCGUGACGCAUCGGAAAGUGAUGUGCGCGGCAAAAGGGUCGUUGUCGUGGGUACUGGUAAUAGCGGCCAUGAUAUUGCACAGAAUUACUACGAGAACGGUGCAGAUGUGACUAUGUUGCAACGCAGUGGGACCUAUGUUUUGACUGCCGAUAAAGGUGUUUUUAUGAUGCAUAAGGGACUGCAUGAGGAUGGAGGCCCUCCCACAGAAGAAUGUGAUAUUGUCGCCGAAAGCCUCCCUUGGCCCGUACAGCUGGCACUAAGCGUACAUAUGACAAAGCGCAUCGCAGAAGCAGAGAAAGAAACCCUCGACGGACUCCGGAGGGCCGGGUUCGAGCUUGACUUCGGACAAGAUGGUGCCGGCAUUACGCGCGCAUACUUCACCCGCGGUGGCGGCUAUUACAUCGAUGUCGGCUGCAGCCAGCUUAUUAUCGAUGGCAAGAUCAAAGUUAAGCAUAACCCAGGUGGGAUUCAUGGUUUUGGAAAUCACGAGCUGCAUUUAGCCGAUGGCGACUCUCUUCCAGCCGAUAUUGUCGUCCUUGCUACCGGAUACGACAAUAUGCGGACGACGGUGAGGAAGGUCCUGGGUGAUAAGGUUGCUGACCGUUGCUCUGAUGUCUGGGAUUUGGAUAAUGAGGGAGAGGUCCAAGGUGUAAGAACUGAUAUCUCGUGUCAUUGUGGGCAAUAUCUGGCUGCAUACUGA